AUGUGCCAAGCCGACGAAGCCAGCAUCACACGGGUGAUGAGCGAUGAGCAAUUGAACAGUCUUCUUCUGCGAGACUUUGAGAAACCUAUAGUCUGGCGAAACUUUGCUGAACGGUAUCCUCUUCAUGGCAUCCCCAGUUCGAUCUCAGACUUCCUCAGGGAGCUUGGACAGUUGGGUAUUGAAAAGCUAGAAGCUCAUAACUAUGCAGAGGAGGAUACGAACGACGAACUAUAUCUGGACGAGAUUGUCCGACAUUUUGCAGCGCCGCCAGAAACUCGCCCGCCGCUAAACUUCCUGGAUAUUCGCAACCUGAUCCUCUCCCGUGUCCCGGUCCAUGUGAACCAGGUGGAUCUGCUGCGCUUAGCACAGCGACGGAAGGCAGGAUCUGCCGGGAAGAGCCGCCCGUUGAAGGUCCUGCGGGACUAUGCCGACCAUGAAUUCUUUCUCCUAUCCAGCAGACACUCGAUAUCACCUCUCCACGUGGAUACGGCGGGGCAGUUAACAUAUAUUGUUGGCAUCUCCGGCUGCAAGACCUGGUAUCUACCCCGCAGGUUCACCGCCGCAAAAAUCAUGCCGCCUGGAUGUCCACAUGCUGUCUUCACGCCUGAAAAUGCACUCACCUUCGGCGGAAACUUUUAUACCCUACCCCAUCUCGGGUCCAGCCUCCGGGUACUGGGUUUACAGGCCCAGUUCAACUUCGUUUUCAGCAAUGAAUCGAUAACCGAGCAGGAUUAUGAAAACUUCCUUGUCAUGCUAGAGGUAUACAAAGAUGAAAUGGACCUUCAGCAAAUGGGAAGCGUUGCUUCAAGUGGUAUAACUUGGGGGAUUACCAAUCAGCAUAAAAAUCGGAAGGAUGUGUCCAAGAUUUGUGCGCGUGGACAGGGUUUUGGGAAGCUACAAGCGAAGUUACGACUAUUGAUCUGGGAGAUACACAUGAAAGGAGAGGCAAAGCUUUCCUAG